AUGGCUCACGCUGAGCUCGGUGACCAGGAGGCGAUUAUCACUACUGAAAGUGAAGAACAUGACCACCAGGACGAUUACGAGGUUCACUGGGAGGAGGACGAUCCGGCAAACCCACACGCUAUGACAUCGAAGCGUAAAUGGAUCAUCGUGAGCCUAGUAAGUACCAUGACGGUGUGCGUAUGCGUCACUAGCUCGCUUUACACAGCGACGUACAAUCAGAUCAUGGCCGAAUUCAAUUGCUCUCGGACUGUCGCAACUCUCGGACUCAGUUUCUACAUUGCUGGACUGGGAUGGGGACCUCUAGUGAUGAGUCCUUUGUCGGAGUUCUACGGCAGAAGACCCAUCUACAUCGUUUCACUUCCUCUGUACAUUGUCUUCCUCAUACCCUGUGCUGCUGCCCACAAUAUCCAAACAAUGCUAGUUGCGAGGUUCUUAGACGGACUCGCUGGGGCGGCAUUUACCUCGGUCGCGGGGGCUACCGUGGGCGACAUGUACACCAAAAGCACCCUGCAUACUCCCAUGCUGAUAUACACAGCUUCACCAUUUACCGGGGCCAGCAUAGGGCCUAUCUUGGGCGGGCUGAUAAACUCGUGGGCCUUAUGGAGGUGGUCAUUUUACGUCUUGCUCAUCUGGUCAAGUAUCCAGUCUAUCCUUGUUAUUAUCUUCGUCCCCGAGACAUACGCGCCAGUGCUGCUCCGAAGCAGGGCUCGCAAAUUGCGGCAGGAAACCGGGGACGAUCGAUGGAGGGCUGCGAUCGAAAAAAUGGAUCGAUCUGUUUUGAAGACUGUUCUUCACUCACUGUAUCGACCAUUCAUGCUACUUCUCCUGGAGCCGAUGUGUCUCAAUCUUUGCCUACUCUCGUCCAUCGCCCUAGGAGUUCAGUAUCUCUUCUUUGGGGCGUUCGGGGUGGUGUACGGCAACGCGUAUAAUUUCGGGUUAUGGCAGUCGGGACUGGCAUUCACUGGUCUUUUGGUGGGGAUGAUCAUGGCGGUCGUGAUUGAUCCAUGGUGCUGCAAGAUUUACCCCUACUUCUCCCGAGGCCACAAAGAGGAAGGGAACACUGGGAACAAUGAGCCGGAAAGUCGUCUACCCCCCGCUGUCAUCGGAGCUCCGCUCAUGACUAUCGGGUUAUUCUGGUUUGGAUGGACAGCCUUCCCUUCAAUCCAUUGGAUUGUGCCUAUCCUUGGAAGCGCCGUAUUUGGAGCUGGAAUGAUCUUCGUAUUCCAAGGAGUCUUUACCUUUUUCGUGGACGCUUAUCCACUGUACGCAGCCAGUGCGCUUGGUGCCAACAGCUUUACUAGGAGUACCUUUGCAGCUGCUUUUCCUCUCUUUGGCGUGGCGAUGUACCACAAGUUGGGUGAUCAGUGGGCUACGUCCUUGCUUGCUUUCCUGAGCCUUGCUAUGGCUCCGUUUCCGUACAUCUUCUUUAGAUAUGGAAAGAGGAUUCGAAGCAGAAGUCGCUUUGCGACCUAAAAGUUAC